AUGACCGAGCCAAAUGAAGCACAGAAAAUUGCGCGUUUACGUUUCUGCUUAUCCGGUCAGGCACGAAUCGCCUUUGAUAGCAUGAACCCGCAACCAGUUACAUUAGCGGAGGCAAUAGCUUAUUUAAAAGGAAAAUAUGAAAAUGGAAAUAGUAAAGUUAUUGCGCGCCAAUUAUUGUCUAACUGUAGACAUGCGCCAGGAGAAUCGGUAUUUGAAUUUGCCAACCGUCUUUCCGAUACUGUACGUACAGCUCUAUCAGGAGAUGAUGAGGAAACGAUUAAAAAGAGAUUAUUAGAUGAAUUUCUAGAUAGAUUGAUACCUGAGCUUCAGUUUGAAGUAAAAGCUCAGAGACCCCAAGAUUACGCAAAUGCAUAUGAAAUCGCUUUAAAUUAUGAGUUACUGCUCGCUUCGCGAAGAAAUGCUUAUUCUGUUGCAAGUUGCUCUGAAAAAGUUGAAGCUUAUACAAUUCGGAAUGAACAUCGUGAAACUAGAACUUGUUAUAAUUGUGGGGUUCAAGGUCACAUCUCUAGAUUUUGUAGGGAACCUCGAAGGUCGUAUUAUAGCUCGAGGUAUUAUCAGCCUCAAUAUAAUGAGAGAUCUAAUUAUGGAGAAACUAGUCAUCAAAAUUAUAGAGAAUACGAACAACAUUAUGGAAAUAGAGAUCAGCAAAAAUCCAGGAAUUCAUAUGGAAGAUAUAGGAGUAGAAAUUCUGAUAGUGAUUCAAGCAAUUCUAGAGAUAGUGAACGAGAAAAUUGGAGAAAACAAAAACGAGAUAAUUAUGAGAAUCGUUUGCCAAAUCGUACGCGAUUUGAGAAUUCGAAUCCCAAAAUUGGAGCGGUUAACCCAUACUUGUUGGUAUUGGUUGCUUUGAUUUGCCUUAUAUGAGAACAGCAUUACAACAUGUCAAAACUUCAGAGAAGAAAUGCUAUCAGAAAAGAGAAUAAAUUUGAGGACAAAUUUCGUUAAAGGAGGGAGGAGUGAUAUGUCCGCUAUUUGAUGUUUUUUAUUUGUUAUCAAUUUUUGUGAAUGCUUCUGCCUUCU